UUUAAACACAUUUUUUAUCGGAAUUCCUUUAGAUCUCAUCUGGUUAAGAAAUGGCCAGUCAAGGUACAGCACCAAAAUCAACCAAAGCGUGUUUCGCUAGUUGGGUUCAUAAGCGUUGGAAAUCCCUGUCAUUACAUCGAAAACGCAGCAAGGGCAUUCUUCGAGUAGACCUUUCCGCCGAUGUUCAGGAAGCCAUCACCGAGGACACUAAUUGCCGUCAAAUCUUAGGGAAAAACUUGCAGCCGGUUGUUUACGAAUCCGCCACGAGACAGUUCUCUCUAGGGUAUUUGUGCGGCGUGGACUGGCCAGGACGUCGCGCCUUGGUGGAUUUCCUCUGUCACAACCGUCCACCCCGAUGGCUUCCCGCUGGGAAGGUACGCCAGCAUAAACCAGUAGAAACUAGGGAGAUUCUCCCCCAUAUUGUGGUCACAGCUGCGUUGCGGCCGAGCUCCGAUCAACCGUACGUAUUCCAACCGGCUCGAAUUAUUUUUCCCCCGGCUACGGAUAUCUACGGCCAAAUCAGACCAAUAUGUGUGGAAGUAACGCGUCCAGGCAGCGCUGGCUUUAUUCGGAAAUUCGUUCACCCAGUCCAGGUGCGCGUUGUGGCGGAGUCUCCGGGAACAGAUGAGUCACUGGUCGCAUACUGCCGUCUGCUGCUGAAGCAAACGGCGCGUCUCAAUUUCUGUCCGGGUGCGCCAAAUAUUGAUUUACGGAACUUAUUGAAAGAUUUCAACGAAAUUCCCUGGAUGACAGUUGUACGGAUAUGGCUGGAUACCGAAGGCAUCCACUGUGUUUACACAGAAAAAAAAACGGGCGUUUUCCGUCAGGCGGAUAUGGAAUAUCUGGUCCGCAAGUCCCAGUGGCGUCACACAAUUCAACGUAGUUCGCUUCCGCGUUCCAACAGCACUGACACUGAAAACACUAACAUAAACCGUUCCGUGCCCCUGGGAAUGCUGCCAUAUGAACUGCACGAGUGCAUUAUGCUGCAAAUCCAAGACAUUCACAGCAUCAUUAGCGCCCAAAGAGUUUGCAAGACCUGGUACGACAUUCUGAACGGCCGCUACCGUAGUCCACACGUAGCUGUGGACUUGACCAACCUACUAAUCGAUGGUCCAAGCAACCGGGAGCGAAAGUACAGACUCACUUAUCUGCUUAAUAUCCUCGACAACACCUUUUUGUCAAUUAAGGUCAGACGUGUACCGGUAAUCGUUUUAAAGAACAUCCGCUGCUUUGGCCCCCUUGCGGUGAAUUUCCAGACGCAGCGGCUAGAAUGGGCCAACCUCAGCAACUUAUUGCAGGCUUGCCAAGUGCUGCGCUUGCGUGACGUUACCAUUUCUACCGUCUUUGGGCCCAUCGCCGGGUUGUGGUGUAUACCGGGCGGAUUCCGAGAGGACGUCGAUGUUUUCGUUGAGGAAGCCGGGCUGCACUGCUCACUCGGUGAAACUGAUCGUUUGGUAUAUUUUCUGCAGCUUUUGAACGCUGGCUGUCCCGAACUCUCCGCGAAGGAUGUAAUCGGCAUCAACGAAGCCUGCCAUAAGAUAGUCAUCUGGGACAAGCAUCCGUUACACAACCCGUUGUGGCACAUGCUUACAUUGCUGAACGAACCGAUAACCAUGGAGCCACAACCGCCGCUGUGCAGACUCGCCGCCCACGCCUUCCGCUACUCGUAUCCCAAGGAGAUAUCCCACCACUCUGGCAGCCGCCGUAAGGCACGCUCAGUGUCACGUGACCAGCUGCGCCACCAGACGAACGGCGUCUGGGAUAUACCGGUUGGCCACGGGCACGGCCACUUUGCGUCGGUGACAGCGCAAAAAUGUAAUGAUACUGUUAAGUGUGCACUGUCGAAUUCCCCGAAAACAAAGCUGGACCAUAAACUCAGUAGAUAA